AAAGCUGAACUGCUGACAGACAGAGCCAUUCAUUAAAUCAUUCAUUCAGCGAGGAAUUCACAGCACACUGAACAUGAACACUGAAAAGCAGAAAACACUGACAUGCAGACAUGCAGGAGGAGCAGAAAACUCCAGCAAUUUUUGAUGCCAUAUUCUGAAAGUUUUCGGUGACAGAUCUACCAGACGGACACUAUGACGGCCGUGAACGCUCCACGAGACAGGUACAAUGCCGUAUGGAUAAUUUUCUUCAUUCUGGGUCUGGGAACUCUCCUGCCUUGGAAUUUCUUCAUGACUGCUACUUUGUACUUUACCAAGCGUCUGAAGGAAACCAAUGGAGAACUCAAUCAGACAGUUAACGGGACAGAGUUCCGUAGUGUCCUUCAGUCAAAGUUCAACAAUGUGAUGACGCUUUGCGCAAUGGUCCCGCUGCUCAUUUUCACCUGCCUCAACUCCUUCAUCCACCAGAGGAUUCCUCAGAAGUUGAGGAUCUCCGGCAGUCUGUCUGUCAUCUUGGUGGUGUUUCUCAUCACAGCGGUGUUGGUGAAGGUGGAGAUGGAGCCCCUGCCGUUCUUCACGCUCACUAUGAUCAAAAUCAUCUGCAUCAACUCGUUCGGGGCGAUUCUGCAGGGCAGUCUGUUUGGUUUGGCAGGAAUGCUGCCGGCGUCCUACACUACACCCAUCAUGAGCGGACAGGGCCUGGCAGGAGCGUUUGCGGCCUUCUCCAUGAUCUGUGCUCUCGCCUCGGGUUCAGAGUUGGAGGACAGCGCUUUCGGCUACUUCAUCACAGCUUGUGUGGUCAUUCUGCUGGCCAUCGUCUCUUACCUCGCUCUGCCCAGAAUGGAGUUUUUCCAGUAUUACUCUGAGAGCAACAGGUCUCGAUCUAGCACUGAUGAGGAAAACAAAAUGGAUUUAUUGAAACCAGAAGGUCAGGCUGAGAAGAGGCCGGUCCUGAGCCUUACUGAAGAAGAAUCCAAACCCACUGUCUCCGUGUUCGCCAUCUUUAAACAGAUCUGGGUUAUGGCUCUGUCCGUUUGCUUUGUGUUCAUCAUCACCAUUGGCAUUUUCCCAGCAGUCACUGUUGAGGUCAAGUCUACCAUUCCUGACAGCGGUGCAUGGGUGAAGUACUUCAUCCCGGUGUCCUGCUUCCUGCUGUUUAAUGUGAUGGACUGGGUGGGCAGGAGUCUGACUGCUGUCUGUAUGUGGCCUGGUAAAGACAGUAUCUGGCUGCCCAUCCUGGUGAUUGCUCGCGUGGUCUUCGUUCCUCUCUUCAUCCUCUGUAAUGUUCAGCCCAGAAGUUUCCUGCCGGUGGUGUUUUCUCAUGACGCCUGGUACAUCAUCUUCAUGAUCUUCUUCUCCUUCAGCAACGGAUACCUGGCCAGUCUCUGCAUGUGCUUUGGGCCAAAGAAAGUGUCCCAGCAUGAAGCCGAAACCGCAGGAGCCAUUAUGGCCUUUUUCCUCUCUCUGGGCUUGGCUGUGGGAGCCGCGUUAUCCUUCGGCUUCCGGAACAUGAUCUAGAACCGUGGCCUAGUUCUCAGUGUGACGAUGAAGAAGAGGAACUUUGAAUCCCAGUACACACUAAGCCAGAGAGAAAGUGUUCAUACUGCACAUUUAUACAUAGCAUCAUUCACAUGUUUGUCCCUCUGAAGAAGAGCCAGCUGGAACAGACGCAAGAGACUCCAGAAAAACAAUCAUCAUCAGCUAAAAACAAGCCAAAAUUUCUCUCCAUUUUUUUUUUAUGUCCUUUUUUUGUAUAUGGUUCCAAAUUGCCAAUUUAGUAUUUAGCAAUAAUACAUAGUUUAGGUUAACCCCUUGCAGUUUUAGUUACUUUUUUAAUGUUUUUAUAGGUAUUAACGGUUUUAUUUGUUUCGUUUUAGACAUGCAGCUAUUAGGGCAGCAGUAGGUCACUGCAAAAAUUAGUUCAUGAGUAUUUUCAGUUAUGAACAUAAAACAAUUCUUAAAUUAA